AUGGACGUGUCGAACUACGAGUACCUGCGAUACCUGGGGAUACAGAACGAAGUAAAGAGAAGGAAGGUGCAAAAAAAAAUUAGCAUCUACCAUGUGGUGGACAUUGUGAUCCUGGUUUUGCUGUUCCUGGGGUGCUACCAAUUUGAUGUGAAGCAGAGUUACAAAAAUGAAAAGGAUGUAUUUUACAGAUUUUCCAAAUCGUUGGUGGAUUUGUUUUGCCUGAACGUGUUCAGAAUAUUUUAUACCCUGGGGUUUAUUUUUUUCUACGCAAAAAUAAGUGCCUUGAAGACCCUGGAGAAGGCGCACAUUUUUUCGAGGCACUUCACAGGGAUAUUGGCCAUCAUAAAUACCCUGAAGAUGAUUAAUUUGGAAUACAUGAUGGCUAGUGGAGGACUGCCGACGGAUCAGAAGGAACCCGUUUAUGUGGGAAUCAUGAGGGGAGUUAUUAUGCUGUACAGUUUGUGCUCCUCUGUGUACUACUACCUUGUGCAUAUUCAGCUUUACAACGUGAAAAAGAGAAACAUCAUUGCGAAGGAUGAGCUGGAAAGGAUCCUUGUGAAUGACUUGAAAUGUAAAAAGUACCAAGUGUUCGGUGCGGACAUGGGAAGCAACUUGCAGGAGACGGACACGAGCACGAUGAACAACGAUUCGAUUUUGGCUGACGGGAAGAGCGCGUUGUAUUGGAACCAGUCGUACAGCAAGCUGAGCGACUCGGACGAUGUGUUCAAAAGUGUGAAGAAGCAGAAGAGCUGGUGCAGGAGGAAGGUCGCGCAGAUGGGCAGCGCCUUCGUGGAGAAGAACGUGAAGGAGGCCCUCCUCAAGAAGAAGAAGAGCUACCGCCCGGAUAAGAAGCUGGCCGGGGGGAGCGCAAGCGGGAGUGGCGGUGGAAGUGGAAGCGGAAGUGGAAGUGGCGGUGGAAGUGGCGGUGGCAGCGGAGGUAGCAGCGGGAGUGGCAGCGCGUCCUCCCCCGCGGCCAACCCGAACAUAAGCUUCCUGGAGGACAAGCUGACGUACAAAGAGUUCAGCAACAUCCUGCUGCCGUACAUGUGGCCCAGCAGGCGGGUGGACCAAAAGGGCAACAGUCUCAUUCUGCGCACGUACGUCGUUAUGAUCUUCCUGUUUAUUAUCCUCUCAAAAGUAUUCAGCGUAAUCAGCCCCAUCUACCUCGGACUAGCCUCCAACGAGGUGUUGAAAAGGGAUAUGAAGAACUCGCUAUUCUACCUGACCAUGUACGUAACCUUUUUCUUCAUCUCAAAAUUUUUGAAAGAGAUCUGUGGGAUUUUAUAUUCCCAAGUACAACAGUCAGCCUUUAUCGAGUUGCAGGAAUCAAUUUUCCAGAAAUUUCACAACUUAUCUUAUGAGUGGUUCUCCACGAAGAACGCAGGUGGGAUCAUGCGGAUUGUAGACAGAGGUACUGAGAGUGCCAACAGUUUGAUGAACUCCCUACUGAUGUAUAUCAUUCCAGCCACUAUAGAAGGAGUUGUUACCUGCAUCAUUUUUGUAAUUAAAUAUAAGAAUAGUCUCCUGGGGAGUGUCCUCUACCUGGGACUUACCCUCUACAUAUAUGCUACCAUAAAAAUUACCAAGUGGAGAAAGAAGAUAAGAAAUAAGGCGAAUAAAAUGGAUAACGUAUAUCAUGACAUUGCUCAUGAUUCUUUGAGUAAUUAUGAAAAUGUAAAAUACUUUAGCAAUGAGAGUUACGAAAUUAGGAGAUUCUGUAGUGCUCUGUCUAACUAUAAUAGGUACAAUUUGAAGAUCCUUAACAGUUUGGGGGUGCUCAACAGUAUACAGCAGUUUAUCUUAAACGCCACUUUAUUUUUCACUCUCUUCUGCGUAAUUCGCAUGAUUGUAUAUGACGGAGCGGAUAGUGGCACCUUCAUCAGUGUGGUCGUCUACACCUCCAACGUGUUUGCCCCGCUAAGCAUCCUGGGAACGCUCUAUGCCAAUAUAGUAAAAUCAUUUACAGAUAUAAGCGAUUUGACUGACAUCCUCAGAGAGAAGGUAGAAAUGGCAGAAGACUCAGAUCUGGAAGCUUUCACUCUCACAUCACAUGAAAAGAAAUUUGGAGUCAGCAUUCAAUUUGUGGAUGUAAACUUUCACUACCCAUCACAACCAAUGCAUAUGGCUCUUAAGGAUAUUAACAUUUAUAUACAGCCGGGUACCACCUGCGCUAUUGUUGGGCAUACUGGCUCGGGAAAAACGACCAUCUCGAAACUGCUCUACAGAUUCUACGAUGCAGAGGGAGAAAUAAAAAUUGGAGGAAGGAACGUUGCGGAGUAUACUAGAAAUUCGGUGAGAAAUAUCAUCGGCAUAGUCCCUCAAGACACCAUCCUUUUUAAUGAGACCAUUCGUUAUAACGUACUCUAUGGAAAGCUAGACGCAACAGAGGAACAGCUCAUUCAAGCUGUCAAGUCGGCUCAACUGUACGAUUUUAUUAUGUCUCUCCCGAAGAAAUGGGAUACUCUCGUUGGAGACAAAGGAGUCAAACUCUCCGGAGGAGAGAGACAAAGGAUCGCCAUAGCCAGAUGUCUACUGAAAGAUCCCAAAAUUGUAAUUUUUGAUGAAGCAACUAGCUCAUUGGACUCAAAAACGGAAUUUCUCUUUCAAAAAGCUGUCGAAGAUUUAAGGAAAAAUAGAACCCUAAUUAUUAUUGCACAUAGGCUUAGUACCAUUUCGUCCGCAGAGCUAAUUGUUCUGCUAAAUAAGGGAAGAAUUGUGGAAAGGGGAACCCAUCAGCAUCUGCUCAAAUUGAAUGGAGAGUACACCGAGAUGUGGAAUAUGCAGUCCAGAUCGAAUGACCUUUUUACGGAUGAUAAUUUUUCUAUUGAUGAGAAUAGGAGCGCUCCUGCGAUGAGCAAACAGGAGGGAGACAAGUCUGGGCUUGGCCAAGAGGGCUCGAAAGGAGGCGUACCCCGCGUUGGAAAAGCUAGCAGUGCCAGAAGUGCUAGAAGUGGCUACCAGGAGGAGAACCUCGGCAGCCGCAAGAAGGGCAGCGGCCAUCUGGACAUGCACAGCAUUGUGAAGGAAGCCGCGAAGAGUGCAGCGAGGAGUGCUGUGAGGGCCGGCCGGGCCAGCCUUGCCCGAGGCAGUAAAACCAGUGGCAGCAGAGCCAGCGGCAAAGCCAGCAGCAGCUGCAGCAACACGGCUGGAAGCGUGGCCAGCGCCAGGGCCGGCAGCAUGAGCAACAUGAGCGGCUCCGCCCAUCUGAGCAGCUCCGCCAAUCUGAGCAGCUUCGCCAACGCGAGCGGCAUCGCCAACGUGAGCGGCUUCACCAGCGGCAGGAGCAUCUUCAGCCCCAGCAACCAAAAUGUGAACGGCGUCUACGGGGGUGCCAAUGUGAGCAGCGCCUACGGGGGUGCUAAGGAGAACUACAGCACACUGUAUGAGGCCAAGAAGGAGAACGGCGCCAGCAUUUUCAGGGGCAGCGACGCCAGCAACGACACGGCGCAUAGCAGCUGUGGCGACGGCAGCAUGAGGAGUGGAAGUCCGCAAGGGGGGAGCGCUCGAGGGGGGAGUGUGCAGAGUGGCAGACAAAGUGAGCGUGGUAGUGCGCAGAGUGGCAGACAAAGUGAGCGUGGUAGUGCGCAGAGUGGCAGACAAAGUGAGCGUGGAAGUGCGCCCAGUGGAAGGCAAAGUGACAGAGGAAGCGUGCAGAGUGGCAGGCAAAGUGGCAGACAAAGCGACGCCGCCUCCUACAGCGAGGUGAACCACACCGCGCACGUGAGGAACGAAUCGGGCAGUGUGGGAAGCAGCAACGGGCCCGUCGAUGUGGCCAGCAUGAGCGUUGGCGGGGCGAGCGGUGGGGAUGCUCAUGUGGAGGGAGCAAUUGAUGAAGAAGCUCAUGUGGAGGGAGAGAUUAGUGAGGAUGCUCAUGUGGAGGGAGAGAUUAGUGAGGAUGCUCAUGUGGAUGGGGCGAUUGGUGAAAGUGAUCAUGUGUCCUCCGCCCACAUGGGCGUCGUCACGGACAGCAGCGAAAACAGUGCCAUCGAUGGGGGAGAGCACGUGGCCAUGGAGCCAGUCAGCAGCGAGCAUAUUACGGUAGGCCGGGGCGAGCAUAACAAUAGCGCCCUGGGCAGCAGUGCGUAUAGCGGGCUGGACAGCGGCCACAGCCCAGUGGAUAAUGAGACUAACCCAAACAGCUACAACAGCAGCAGCACGAACAACGAAAUUGACAUGCGUGGAGAAGAGAACAAUAUUAAUAAUGACGCGAACACCUUCAGUGGCAGUGGCAGCAAUGGCAAUAACAUCAGCACGAACGAUUUGGACCACCAAGACUACAGCAGUGGCUUCCAGGCGGACUACCAAAUGGAGGCGGGCGAACCGGCCCACAUGCACGAGCAGGGAGGCGUAUACGACAGGGAAGUUGUCAACGAUCCGACGGCAGCUAACGAGCCGACGGUAGCUAACGAGCUGACGACUGCUAACGAGCUGACGACUGCCAACGAGCUGACGACUGCUAACGAGCUGACGACUGCUAACGAGCUGACGACUGCUAACGAGCUGACGACUGCUAACGAGCUGACGACUGCUAACGAGCUGACGACUGCUAACGAGCUGACGACUGCUAACGAGCUGACGACUGCUAACGAGCUGACGACUGCUAACGAGCUUACCACGGCUAACGAACCCACCACCGCCAACGAGCCUACCACCGCCAACGAACCCACCACCGCCAACGAGCCUACCACCGCCAACGAACCCACCACCGCCAACGAACCCACCACCGCCAACGAACCCUCCGUCAGCUACGACUACAAUGCCGGCGCGCUGGACUAUGACUACAGUUACGAUAACGGCGCUGACGACGAUGACUAUUGA